GCCACCAUAAGAGCCCAGAGAAAGAGGAACCAUGCAGUUUCAGUACUUAGUCCACGAGUUGGAACACUGAGCAAACUUAGCUGGUUUGUAGGUGACAAGUCCCACCUGUAGAAGAUAACACUGAAUUGGCCUAAUAGCUGAUCUGCCUCCAGCUUUUUGGAUUGUUUUGUGGAAGUGUUGGAGAAUGGCUGAUAAGACUAGACAGUCGUUUCCUCUUGAAGACUCCAUCUGUGCACUUUGUGAGGGUUAUUUAACCGCCCCUGUGAUUCUAAGAUGCUGCCACAGGUUGUGUAAAAGCUGCCUACACUGUUACUGGGAGUUAACAGGGUCCCUCAGAUGCCCUGUUUGUUUGAGAGAGCCAUCAUGUGAAGUUCUCCUACACAGCUUGGGUUCCAUGCCUGGUUCAAAUGGUGCAGAGGCUGCCAGCUAUAACCUUCUGGUGGGGAAGAACAAAGGAAGUAAGAUGACACAACCAAAGAUGGGGCUUCCAAGAGCUGCGAGCACUGUGGCAUCAGCUGGAAGUGAGAAGAGUGGUACUGCAAACCAGAUGUGGAUGGAAAUCAAAUAUGAACCAGUAGAUCAGAAGAUAACGGCUACUUUCAGCUUGGAAGAAACCAUCACAUGUGGUUUUAAAGCAGAGAUUGAGCAGUCCAGGACAAACAAAUUAAAGGAUGAUGAGCAGCUUGUAAACACUGAAAUUUGUUCUCACAACCAAAAACCAGAUUCCACUGAUCGGCUGACAUCAAGCAAGUUUGCAAGGAGUCUGAAAGUAGAACAAGCUAGCCUAAAUACCCAGUCUGCUGUUACGGGUUUGAGGUCCAACCUGUGUACUGAGUGUGGCAAGAGUUUCAAGAGCAAAUCUGCCCUGAAAGCACACCAGAAAUCCCACUCCUUACAGCGGCCACAUCGGUGCCCCACCUGUGGAAAGAAAUAUACUAGCAAGCAUGAGCUUAAGUUGCAUAUGCGGCUACAUAAGGGCGAGAAGCUCUUCCACUGCUCGUACUGCGAGAAGAAGUUCAUCAGGAAGAGUGGCCUGGAGACCCACGUAAGGAGUCACACCGGAGAGAAGCCUUUCACUUGCUUCCUAUGCGGGAAAAGCUUCAAUCGGAGGAACACGCUUAAAUUGCACCUGCAGCGGCACAAGGGUGAGAAACCACACCAGUGUGACCACUGCGGAAAGCUCUUUGUCACAGCAGCGACCUUUAGGGAUCAUAGGUUAACACAUACAGGAGAGAAGCCCUUUCCUUGCCCUCAGUGCGACAAGAAGUUCAUCCGAAAGUAUAGCCUGGAUGUUCAUUUGCGCAGUCACACGGGGCAGUUGCCCUUCGGCUGCACAGUAUGUGGGAAGCGCUUUCUGAUGAGGCAGGGCCUCACCAUGCAUGAGCUCAUUCACAAAGAGGACCGUCCCUUCAAGUGCCUGCACUGUGAGAGCAGCUUCCGGAGAAGCUCCCACCUCCAUUCGCACAUGAAGACCCACUCUACCGACAUGCCGUACAAAUGCUCACAUUGUGGAAAAUCCUUCAAGCAUCCCAACAGCGUCAAACUUCAUGAGCGCAUUCAUACGGGAGAGAAACCCUACAGUUGUGACCAGUGUGGGAAGUGUUUCAUAUCGUCGGGCGACCUGACGAAACACCGGCGUGUCCACACGAUGAAGAAAGACUACAAGUGCUCUCACUGCGAGAAGAGCUUUCGCUUUGGAGCCUCCCUGACGAUCCACCUGAGGACACACACAAAUGAGAGACCUUAUGAAUGCCAGCAGUGCGGUAAAACUUUCGCAGCUUUGUCACAUCUCCGGUGCCACGAGGCAGUGCACAGCAAUGAGCGACGCCACCGUUGCCCAGACUGCGGCCAGGGGUUCAACAACCACAGCACCCUGAAGUCCCACCGGAUGACCCAUGGCCCCAGGCCACAGUUUAAGUGCACCACUUGUGGGAAGAUCUUCACCCGCAAGGACACCUUCCGAGACCACCAAGCGACUCAUUCAGGUGCCAAAGUCUACCACUGCCCAGAAUGCGGGAAGAGCCUGAGCACCUCCAGCAGUUUUCGGCUACACGUGCAGAGCCACACACAGAAGACAAUGUACCCCUGCAUUGAUUGCGACAAGAGUUUCAGCAGCAAGGCAUACCUAAUGACACACCAGCAGAUGGUGCAUACUUCAGAAACACCAUAUGCUUGUACAAGGUGCGGAGAGAGCUUUAACUCCCCCGGGAAACUGGUUACACAUGAGCUGAAACAUUCAAAAAAGAGAGAGCAUGUGUGCUCGCAGUGUGGGAAGGCUUUUAGACAGAAAAUGACCCUCCAACGGCACAAGAAGCUCCAUUCUGAUGUAAGACCACAUCAGUGCCAGGAAUGUGGGAAACAGUUUAUAAGGAAAGACGGCCUGAGGUGUCAUCUAAAGACUCAUGAAGUGAAAAACUAAGCAUGUUCUGACCGUUCAAAACUUUCUUUUUGCCCGUUUAAGACUACGAUCAGGUUUUCUGGUGUGCGUUAGUGCAUGCGGUCAUAUGCAAAAAUUUGGGCACCCCUGGCAAAAUGACAUUGCUUUUCUAAGUGAAAAUAAGUAAACAUCCUCUACAGAGAACACACUUGCUGUGCACUUCAUCACACUUUCAUACUGACUGUUGGAUUUCAUGUACUGAGGAAUGUGCAGAAGUUAUGACACAUCUUGUUUUUCCUGAAACUUCCCACAUGCCAUGUGUGCUUUCUUUUGUAGAGGAUGUGUAACUUAUUUUAAUUAGAAAAUCCACAAAGCAUUAUUUGACCAGGUGUGUUCAAAUGUUUGCAUGUGACUGUGUAUAUUAAAAACACCAGUGCACUCAACACCCCAGAGGUUUUGGUUUAUACUGGAAAAGUGGUUUAGACGAUGUAUAAAGUUUAAAAAUGGAAAAUUUAAAGUUUUGAUUAACUUUUUCUGUACACACAACAGACUACUGAUUAUAAAACAGAAAUAUUGAGGGGGGAAAAAAGGGGGAUUACACCAUAUUUUUCAGAAUGUAAUCAUUAAGAUAUAAACUGAUUUUUUUUUUUUUGCCCAGAGUUGUGCUUUGCCCUGUUUUUGAUUAAUAAACUGUAUUCCCCAGCCCUG